AUGGAGUGGAUGUGGGCGCUCGUGCUGCUGGCAGCGCUGGGCAGCGGCCGGGCGGAGCGCGACUGCCGCGUGAGCAGCUUCAGAGUAAAGGAGAAUUUCGACAAGACGCGCUUCUCCGGCACCUGGUACGCGAUGGCUAAGAAGGACCCCGAGGGCCUCUUUUUACAGGACAACAUCAUCGCCGAGUUCUCCGUGGAUGAGAGCGGGCAGAUGAGCGCCACGGCCAAGGGCCGAGUACGCCUUUUGAACAACUGGGACGUGUGCGCAGACAUGGUGGGCACGUUUACAGACACUGAGGACCCUGCCAAGUUCAAGAUGAAGUACUGGGGCGUAGCAUCCUUUCUCCAAAAAGGAAACGAUGACCACUGGAUCAUCGACACAGACUACGACACGUACGCUGUGCAGUACUCCUGCCGCCUCUUGAACCUUGAUGGCACCUGUGCUGACAGCUACUCCUUCAUCUUUGCCCGCGAUCCCUAUGGGUUGCCCCCGGAAGUGCAGAAACUCGUGAGGCAGAGGCAGGAGGAGCUGUGCCUGGCCAGGCAGUACAGGAUGAUUGUUCAUAAUGGUUACUGUGAUGGCAAAUCAGAAGGACACGUUUUGUAGCCACAUCGUGGAUGUAAUGUUCAAUUUGAAAACUUCCCAUCGACUCUCAUUCAGCCUUCAACUCUAUUUAUCUUAGGAACUUAGUUUGCCCCUCUCUCUCCUCACCUUCCCUCAGUAAAUAUAAAACCUUCAGGACACAUAAAAAUAUAUGUGGGAACGAGUGCAUCUGUUUGAAGCCAAAUGUGUGUCUUUACUGGAGUUUUUUAGGAGUAAUUUGAGGCCUAGGAUUCCAGACUUUGAUUUAUUAAAAUAUAGUCAAAUGUUUCCUAUGACUUGAGUUUUUAUUCAUGUUCCUGUCUGUGUCAAGGUAAGAAGUCCUGGCAAAUGGUCAGGCUUUAUAUAUACAAGAAGGGCAUUCUUUCCUCCCGGCUCUUCAUGACCUUUGGCCUGUUCUAGUGUCUAAUCUCCAUUAUCAAUGACUGUGGCUUCUCCCAACUUCCUGAAAAAGAGAUUUCCCCCAUUAACCACCAGCCUGAUGAAGGCACUGAGGCCGAAAGAAGAAGUGAGUGCAGGCCAGGCCAGUGGACUCCAGGCGUCAGUUUGCAAA